AUGACCGGCAACUUUACCCCGCCAGCUACCCAGAAGGCCGUGGUCCUCGGCGACCAGGACAAGCCCAUCAUCAAGGCCGACGCGCCAUGCCCGAGACUUUCUCCGGACCAGGUCCUUGUCCGGACUGAUGCCGUGGCACUCAACCCCAGCGACACCAAGAUGAGAGGGGGGUUUGCCAUACCCUUCGGUACCCUGGGGGCAGAUUUCGCCGGCACCGUGUUGGCCGUGGGAUCCGCGGUUGAGGAUGUCGCCGUCGGUGACAGGGUCUGUGGGGCCCAGAACAUCAUGUUCAAGGCCACGCCUGAGCAAGGCGCCUUCGCUGAAUACAACGUCACCAGGGGCAGGACAUGGAUGAAGGUUCCUGACUCGUGGACCAUCGAGGCCGCCGCAUCGCUACCUGUCGGUGUGAGCACCGCCGGUCUAGCGAUGAAGUUGCUAGGCAUACCAUUGCCAGGAGAGCCGGCGGUUGAGCCGGCCACCGUGCUAGUCUAUGGUGGCAGCACUGCAACCGCGACGAUAGCAAUGCAGCUGAUACGCAUGGCCGGCUGCACUCCCAUUGCUACAUGCUCCCCCAAGCAUUUCGACUUGGCAAAGAGAAACGGCGCAGCGGAGGUCUUUGACUAUCGCGACGAAGGAUGCGCGGAGAAGAUUCGCAAGUAUACAAAGGGAAACUUGAAGUACGCCCUCGACUGCAUUGUCAACGUCGAGUCAACGACGGCGUGCUUCAAGGCCAUCGGCCGCGCUGGCGGCAAUUACGUGGCGCUCGACCCCUUCCCGGUUAACGCUGCGACGCGGAAGAUGGUGAAGACAGCGUUUGUGGUCGGCCCACUCAUCUUUGGUGAAGGUUGUACAUGGCCCGAGCCGUAUGGGAGAGAGCCGUCCGAGGAGAUGCGUCAGUUCGGCGUCAAGCUGUGGCAAGUCGCCCAUGACCUGGCCGAACAAGGAAAGUUGCAACACCACCCAUUGCGGAUUGUGGAUGGUGGAUUUGAAGCGAUCGUUGAUGGCCUGAAACUAGUUGCGCAGGGACAGGUCUCUGGGGAGAAGAUUGUGGUUCGUAUGACCUAG